GACAACUAGGAUGGAUAUUUUCAAAUUCUUCGCCUCUGUUUUUUGCUUAUUUAAAAUAUUCAAGUGUACAUAUGCUUUACCAGAGCGAAUAAUUAGUAAAAUAGCUGACAUAAGUGAUAGUUUGCCGGACGGUUCAAUAUCACCAUUGGAUCUUGCUUUAGUAAAACGAGUGCGCCAAAUUGAGAACCGCUUGAGAUCUAUUGAGCAGCCCGUGUGGCGGCUAUCUUCAGCUAGCGAAAAUGAGUGGAACCGAUGCACGUCGGGAGUAUGUCGCUGUUGCCCUGAAACAAAAAGAUUUACUUGCUGGAAUACUAACUUCAUAUCACUUCCCGUUUCUCAAAUAAUACCUAUGAACAUGGUGUCUAUUGACCUGUCAAGAAAUUUUUUCUCAACAUUUCAUAAAGAUACUUUUCGCGGCUUAACAUUGUUGGAAGAACUUGAUUUAUCUAAUAAUAUUCUCAACUUUAUACCGGCAAAUCUUCUACAAGAUUUAGAUAGUCUUAUUCAAUUGCGUCUUCAAAAUAAUCAACUGGAAAACUUGGACGAGAUUAUAUUUUGGAAACUUCGCAAUCUCAAUUUGAUAGAUAUUAGCAAAAAUUUAAUAUCAGAAUUGCCAAGAAAUAUAUUUUGUCAUAAUCAACGUUUAAUUAUUAUUAAUUUAAGUCAUAAUAGAAUAAAACGUUUUUCAUCCGGACUGCUCAGAGAACAAUUAUGGUUAGAAGAAUUGGAUAUGUCCCGAAACCAAAUAUCGGAGUUGCAAGUUGGAAGUUUGAAAAAUUUGACAAAUUUAAAAAUGAUCGACUUCUCAUAUAAUUUUAUAUCCAACAUUCCCGAAGAGCUCUUUUCGGACGUGGAAAACUUAAGAAGUUUGAUUCUACAUAACAACCGCAUUUCAUUUGUAUCCAAGAAUUUAUUUCAAUCUAUGACACUACUGGUCACAUUAGACUUGAGUAACAAUCGAAUUUCAAAGAUUAAUGGAUUGGCUUUUUAUACACUAACAAAUCUUCGCGAGCUUUUAUUGGGACAGAACUCUCUCUGUGAAAUACCAGACGGACUAUUUACCAAUUUAAAUUUAUUAAUAAGCUUGAAUUUGUUUUCAAACAAUCUAACUACGAUUGAAAAUAAUGACUUCCAAGGACUGAUUAAUUUAAAACACAUAAUGCUGAACAACAAUAUACUCAAAAAUUUUGAAGAUGAUGUUUUCACUCCCAUGAAAAAUCUGGAAAAGUUGCGCAUUGAUUCAAAUAAAUUGCAAUAUUUGCAAAAUGGAGCUUUACGGGGAUUAAAAAAGUUAAAGGCAGUGAAAUUAGACAAAAAUCCAUGGCAUUGUGACUGCCGAGUUUUGUAUUUAGCCCGAUGGAUACGCGAAUUCUCGGAAAAAUUGUGGGAUGGUCAAAUGGCGAUGUGCCGCGGACCUGGCGAUCUUGGUGGGCAUGAAGUUGGAUUACUUCGAUACGAUGAUCUAUGUGAAGGACAAUGGGCUAGUAUGCUAUCCUUGUCACCGAGGCUGCCGCUUAGAAAACAUCGCAUUAUGUCACCUAUGAAUUACACAACAUAUUUUAAUUUAUACCUAAAACACAUAUACUCAACAACUCCAAAAGGAGUAGAGGCUUGAUAAAUACUUUUAUUUCUCUUUUCACUAUAGGACAAAGCCAGAAAUAUGACUGUAAGGUAAUCCAGACUAAGAGCAAAAUAUGAUGUUUGUAUAAUUUUU